UGCACUCGUACUCAAUUCCCCUUAACUAUCGCCUACGCUAUUACUAUCUAUAAGUCGCAGGGUAUAACUUUAGAUAAGGGUGUACUUAAUAUCUCUAAGAAGGACUUUACGCCUGCCUUAACUUAUAUCGCUUACUCCCGCUUCUACAAUCUCGAUAAUAUACUCUUCGAUAAGCUAUUCAAC